UGUUGGGUUUAAUUUGAGCAAACUAGAAUCUGGAAAGUGAGAGGUCCCUUGACGGCGUUAUGAGUCUGACUUCCAUGAUAAACCGGUUUUAGCACAGGAAAAAUAAAAAAGCGGAGGAGAAGUGUUUGCUACUAGCGCCACUGUGUUUCCACCACAGUCAGGAAUGCAGUUUCAUAAAGUUAUAUGCAUUGCUAACCUCGACUAACACACUACCAGUUAGUACAUUUUCUUUGCCUUACAACACAACACGCAACUCUACCGGAUAUUGAGUAAAAAGUAAUAUUCACAUUCAAUAAUAAUAAUAGUGUUUAUGUUUUACCCAGCAUGCUUACGCCGAUUGACUUCCUGUCCGGAUGCAAAACUCCAGGCAGUUUACGGUUACUAGGAGCAAUGGGUCCGUUGCUAUGGGCUCUAGUUUUCUGUAAUUUUACAGUUAUAAUUCAUUCUCAAAUUACCACCACAUCACAAACGAGUGAAAACGAACAUUUAAUAUAUGUAAACAAGAUAAACACCGGGACCACUACACAGAGUGAUCCCGAUCCGACUGAUUCAGCAAUCCGAUCGACAACACAAAGUGGCUUUUUAGAUUCGGGUCAAAUCGGUUCCACUGCCGACCCGACUGCCUCCACCGACUCGAAUCCUACCGCUUCUGAAAGCGAGAUAUCGACUGGGAAAGAGGUUCCCAAAGCGGCCACCGUCUCAAAGCCUCUGCCGCUCGCUGGAUCUCUUCCGACCCCCAUCACCGACGUGUCCAGUCUGUGCCCCUGCGAUUUGUUGGAGGGUCAGUGUGAUGUCAAUUGCUGCUGUGAUCCAUAUUGUGCAGCAGAAAUCACACUUUUUACAACAUGUUUGGUUCAGAAAUUGAUUGUGAAUAACCAGCUCUGCAGUCAGCAAGCAGCUGUCUACUCACUCAAUGUGACAAAUAGUUCAACACAAAGAACAUUCACCUUGACUGACCAGGUCAGCCCAGAUGUCUUCUGCAUACAGACAGCCAACUAUGAGUCCGGCUUGUCCUUCACUCCCCCUGAGGUGCCAACAGACAGUAACUUUGACAGUCUGGUCAGGCAGUUCAUAGGCUACUUCUUCAGCUCUGCAGCAGUGAGUCAGACAGAUGCGACUUCAAGCAGCGUGGAGAGCCAGGCUGCUGGCUAUAAGUAUGCUGACCUUAUUCGAACACUCAGCGAGGCAAACGGCGAAGGAUUUCUCAAGCUCCCAACCACAGCAGCAACUUCCCAGUGUGCAGACAGUAACCCUGCAGCCUUUUUAGAAAACCAGGCAACACGGUGCAGCCGAAGGUUCAGUGUGGCGACAGACUGCACUACUCUCUCUGCGCUAAACCUGCAGAGCUAUCAGGAUUUCCGAAUCCUGUCUAUUCCAAAUGUAAACAGCUCGCUGGUGAGUAUCAGUGUGAGCUCCAUCACAGUGCAGUCCCUGGAUGGGAGCCGCAGUCGGCUGGACACCACUGAUGUAUCUUCAUACCCUCCUGAACCGCUGCAAGCAGGCACUGUGUGCAAUAAUGUCGUGCUUCAAGUGAGUUAUCUGAUCUUAUAUAACGAUGCUGGUGCUAUUGUGGAUGCCAAAGUGUCCUUUAUACUGGGAGCCUUAAACAGUUCUAUGGUGCCUGUAUCACAGAGCUUUCAGAUCACUUUUGUGCAGGAGAAUACAAAGCCUGUUCCUUCAAGUGGAAACCCAGGAUAUGUUGUUGGGCUCCCUCUAGUGGCUGGAUCCAGAACUGCAGAAUCCCCCAUUGUACUGAGUACUAACCAAUUUGGGAUGCUGACCAUUAUUAAGAGUUCAAGCAAUCAAGAUUGCUUGGCCGUCUCAGGAGAAAGGACCCCUGUUCUGUUUGGCAUCAGUCUGGUGUCGGGCUGUAGAUUCAGGGUUCCCAGUACUAAGAACUGCACCCUGCUUUCUGAAACAAUCCUGGGAGUACUUAGAGGGCAGGGUUUCCCUCAGUUUGUUGCCUCUUUCGGAAAUUCAAAGCCCCAGAAUGUCUUGGACUGGGUCCAGAUCAAGACAGAAAACGCUGUAUCGAGUUGCAACAUCCCCCUGUCUUUAGACAUCGUAGUGCAGUGGACAAAGUAUGGGUCCCUGGUCAAUCCACAAGCUCAGAUUGUGAACGUGACUGAGAAAAUCAACUCCAUCAGCCUGAAUGCUCUCACAGCAGGCAGGAUCAUGCAGAUCUCCAGUUCAGUCUCCUUCGUUGACGUCUCUGCAGCUGCGCAGGCUGGUUAUAAAGCCCCACCCACCAUCGAUGCCAAACUCCCCUUCAACUUCUUCUUCCCAUUUGUCUAAAGAAAGCAGCGUCCAGUAGACCAAGCUCUCUGUGUGUUUGGAGAACCCCCACUCCAUGCUCUCCAGGACCAGGGUCAGAAACCCCUGCAAGUUUAACCCAUUAUGAUUAAAUGGUGCUGGGUUGUGGUGAAUUGAUCAGUUUCCCAUUGGAUUUAUUUGUGCAGAUUGUAAAUAUUGUGUUGAACUAUUUAUUUGUAAUACAAGUGUGUAUAUAAUAUGUAUUUUUUUUUAAAUCAAGUAAACAAGACACUUUUUUUUAAAAUACAUUUUUAAUAAAAUAUAUUUGAUUCACUUUUUAAA